AUGGAAGUGAAAGCAGUCGCUGCUUCUUCCUCUCUGGACACUAAAGUGGAGAGUCGUGUGUGAGCAGCGAAAUGACUGUAUGAAGACCAGCGGAGGAUUGUAUUAGUGUGAAUCUGUAGGAGGAGGUAAAGAGAUAAAAAUGGCGGCUGCAAGAAACAAUGAGUUUAAACUCUUUGGACCCCGUGAUGAAGAGUAUCAGUCUCCCUCUGCAGUCACUCUCUCCUGUCACCUGUCUCCUGAAAUCAGUGCUGUUGCCAUGGAGAUCAGGUGGUUUAAGGAGACAGACUGUGUUUGUCUCUAUAAGAACAGGCAGGUGACAGAGGGGCGGGGCUACGAGGGCAGAGUGAGUCUGUUCACUCAGGAGCUGCAGAGAGGAAACGUCUCCUUACAGAUCAGAGAAUGUAGAGGGUCAGAUAGAGGGGUUUAUUUUUGUCAGGUCACCAAUGGAGACACAACAGAGGAGUGUACAGUAGGAAUGUGGGUACGAUGGGAUUUCCUCAUCAUGCAGAGUGACAGAGAAUGGACAGAAGAGGAGAGAAAGAAAAUGAAGGAAUCUCUUCAGCUUAUGGAGUCCUCAGAAGAGGCCAAGCAAUAUGAAGAUAAAGAGAGAAUGUUAAUGGAGAGAAAUGUAGAGCUGAUGGAGAAAGACAAACAAAUUCAAGAGAAAGAAAACUUUAUGACAAUAAACACAGAGACACUUCAGAUGAAGAACAAGAUGCUGAAAGAGAAAGAAAAACAUCUGGGAGAAGAACAAGAAAAAUUAGAACAAAUGACCAAAGAGACUCAGAUACAGCUUAAAGAUAAAGACUCACAACUGGAGACCCUGAGAAAGGAACUGCAGGAUGAGAGCAGCAAACUACAGGAGAUGAUGAUCCUACUGGAACAACAGAAAACUGAACUGACCCGUCAGCAGAAAGAGUUAGAAGAGAAAGAACAACAACUUAAACACACAGCACAACAGAAUUCAGACCGACAGACUGAAACUGAAACACUGAAAACUCUCAUUUCAUCACAGACGACUGAUUUAACUGAAAAGACCAAACAGCUCAAAGACACAAAACACAUUCUAUCUGAGAGAGACACACAGCUAAUAGAGAGAGAGAAACAAGUAGAGGAGAAAGACAAACUUCUCACAGAGACACGAGAUGAACUGAGACAAACUACAAACACAUUAGAGGAUCUUAGAAAACAGAUGGAAGAAAUGGAGAAAAGACUUGUGGAGAAAGAUGAAGAAUUAAAACAAGAACUGAAAGAUAAAGACACGAUUCUAAAAGAACAUUUAGAGACUGUUGAUAAGAGAGAUUCAUUAUUAAAGGAAACUAAUGAAAGAUUAGAAAGUGUUAAUGAACAGCUUAAAGAUAAAGACUCACAACUGGAGAAUAAGAUCAAACUACUGAGAGAGAAAGAGACUCUACUGGAGUUCACAGAGAAAGAGGUGGAAAGCAGUGAAAAGCAGCUGGAGACUCUGAGAAAUGAACUGCAGGACGAGAGCAGCAAACUACAGGAGAUGAUGAUCCUACUGGAACAACAGAAAACUGAACUGACCCGUCAGCAGAAAGAGUUAGAAGAGAAAGAACAACAACUUAAACACACAGCACAACAGAAUUCAGACCUACAGACUGAAACUGAAACACUUAAAACUCUCAUUUCAUCACAGACGACUGAUUUGACUGAAAAGACCAAACAGCUCAAAGACACAAAACACAUUCUAUCUGAGAGAGACACACAGCUAAUAGAGAGAGAGAAACAAGUGGAGGAGAAAGACAAACUUCUCACAGAGACACAAGAUGAACUGAGACAAACUACAAACACAUUAGAGGAUCAUAGAAAACAGAUGGAAGAAGUGGAGAAAAGACUUGUGGAGAAAGAUGAAGAAUUAAAACAAGAACUGAAAGAUAAAGACACGAUUCUAAAAGAACAUUUAGAGACUGUUGAUAAGAGAGAUUCAUUAUUAAAGGAAACUAAUGAAAGAUUAGAAAGUGUUAAUAAGCAGCGUAAAGAUAAAGACUCACAACUGGAGAAUCAGAUCAAACUGCUGAGAGAGAAAGAGACUCUACUGGAGUUCACAGAGAAAGAGGUGGAAAGCAGUAAAAAGCAGCUGGAGACUCUGAGAAAGGAACUGCAGGACGAGAGCAGCAAACUACAGGAGAUGAUGAUCCUACUGGAACAACAGAAAACUGAAGUGAGUGAAAAAGACAAACAGCUUGAAGAGAAGGAGAGACUUCUAAGUGAGAGAAACACACAGCUAAUGGAAAGAGACAAGCAGGUUGAGGAGAAAGACAGACUUCUAGAGGAGAGAAACAAGCAGCUGCAGGAGAGAACAGAUCCAGACUCAGCAGCUCCAGCCAGGAGAAGACAUAGUAAAGAGUUAGAACCUCCAUACUUGAGUGGAGAGACUCCAGAAUCUGCAGCACCACUCAGGAGAAGAAACAGUAUAGAUCUUCCUCCAGAUAUGAGUGGAGAAUCCUCUAGUUCAGCCUCUCCAGAGUCAGUUCCUGUAUCAGAGCUCAGGCUGGUGCUGCUGGGGAGGACUGGAUGUGGGAAGAGAGCAGCAGGAAACACCAUCCUGGGCAGAGAGGAGAGGAGCCAGGCUGGAGCGUCUACAGUGAGGCAGCAGAGUGAGAGCAGACAGGGGGAGGUGGCUGGGAGGCAGGUGACUGUGGUGGACACUCCUGACUGGUUCUGUCCUGGACUCUCUCUGGAGGAGCUGAGACAGGACGUGGGACUCUGUGUCCGUCUGUCUGCCCCAGGACCCCACGCCUUCCUCCUAGUCAUACCAUUGAAGCAGUCUACAGGAGAGGAGAGAGGCAUGCUGGAGAAAAUGGAGGAGAUUUUUGGAGAGAGAUGUUGGAGGAACACCAUGAUCCUUUUCACUGUUACUGAUGAAGUCCAAGAGAAGAACAUUUCUGAGUUUAUCCAGUCAGGAAACCAGGAGGUCCAGAGACUUGUAGAGAAAUGUGGGAACAGGUUUCACUGUCUCAGCAUUAAGGAGAGUGGAGAUGGUUCUCAAACCUCAGAGCUGCUGGAGAAGAUAGAGAAGAUGGUGGAAGGAAACAGAGAGAAAUUCUACAGCAGUGAGAUCUACCUGGAGACAGAAUCUCAGAUCAGAGCAGUGGAGACAAAGAUCAUGAAGGAAAGAGAAGAAAAGAAGCUGAAAGAAGAAAAAGAAAUGAAAGAAAAACUAGAAAAGGAAGUCCAGAACUCUCUGAGGAAAAUAGAGGGAGCAGUACAAGAGCAUGAAGGAGAGAUAAAACAACUGAAUGACCGAACAACUGAGCUAGAAAGAAGGAUGAAAGAAGAGAGGGAUGAAGAGAAAAAGAGAGAACUGGAACAAGAGCUACAAAGAGAGUUGGAUCGAAGGACGGAAAUGGAAGAAAAAGUGAAGAGACUAAAAGAAAAGAGAGAGAGGGAGAGGAGCGAGAUGGAGGAGAGACACAGACAGGAGAUGGAGGAGAUCAGGGAGACGUAUGAAGGAGAAGCCAGAAUGGAGGCAGAGAGGAACCUCAUGAAGGUCAUUCUGCCUGAACUCCAGAGAAACAUUUUGGUCUCAAAGUCAAAGAUGCAGGAAGAGUUCAGCAGACAGAUGGAGGAGAAGGAGGGAGAGCUGGAGACACUGAAACAAAGUCUCUCCGAGCUCAGAAAGACUCACUCACUUCUGGAGGAGGUUUAUGAGAGAACAGUGAGGAGCAGCUCAGACUCAGAGACAGCAGCUCCAGCAGCAGAAGGGGGUUCUAAGGGAAUCUCUAAGAGAUUCAGGGAUUGGCUUCAGUGAUGUGCUGAGAGACUCAUCCUUACACAAAAGAGGCUCCUCAGUGAGCUGUGAUGAUCAUGGAGAAACAGCAUCAGGGGAAGAAAUACGCAAAGACGGUCUAGAGGAAUGUCUUUUUUUUGCAAAAGACAUGCUGAGGGACUUUAUGAAUGCAGUGAAAUAACAGUGUUCUUUGGUAGCCUUCUGUGUGGAAGCUUUUAGAGGCUGUUUACUCUUCAGACAUCUGGUUCCUAUCAGCACCAUCGUGAACAAUUCUGACUCUAGAACAGUGCAUUUCACAAAUGAUUAAUGAUUGAAUUAUGCACAGUUCAGGGACGAUGUCUGUUUACUGUAACACUAAAGUAUGAAUAGGAUACCGGUAGAUAAACUAGCACCAGGUGAACAGUGGCCAGUUUUGUUAUUAUCAAAAUAAUUGUUGAAUCUUAUUAGAGCGAGAUAAUAUCUUUACAGAAGAUAAAACUGUCUAAUAGCAUUGUCAUCUUAUUUUAUCAGAAUGUGUGAUUUUUAUCAAAUCUGUAACAUUUGUAAAAUUUGCAAAUUAGAAAUAUA